AUGAAGACCGAGAAUGAGGACUACCCGGUUUACCAAAGCAUCGUGUUGAAGGAUGCCGCGCCUUAUCAGUACAUGAAAGUCUGCCUAGAGUUGGAGAAUAAAUCAACCAAAGUGAUUGCGGUUGACUUCAAGCAGUUCAUCAUCACUGGAUUGAAGAGUCUCCAUGGAGAGGUGGGUGCGGCGUUGCAGUUUGAUGUCCUGAAAUACGACGAAGAUACCCUCACUGCUUUUCUGCGUGUAUCCAAAAGUGGUUUGGUGAAGCUGUGGAGCUCAUUGACUCUGCUGGGCCGCUACAAUAAGCAGAGCUGCGCCUUUCGAGUGUUGCAGGUGUCACCGUUCCUGCUGUCGCUGACCGGAAACAGCCGCGAGCUGCAGCUGGACUGA